AUGCAAACUCUUAUUUAUCGUGCUGAGCAGUCAAACCAUCCGCUCGGCCAGCGCCGAGGUUUAUUGAAUCUGGCGAACUUCUCUCUAGACCUGUCCUGGGCCAGAGCAGAGACGGAUUGUGCUCUUAGCAGCACAAGGGCGUAUCCCUCUCCGCCCAUGUCAGGGUCUCCACCACCACUCCCGCCCAAAUCAUACCCAGAGGUCGGUGAUCGAGGUCAGGGAAGCUUCCAGCCCACUAGUCAUGAUGCGUAUCGUCCAAGCUCAACGGUUCCAGGAGGCGAGUAUCGAGCAGCACCACCGCAACCGUCCUUACUACCCCCUACAACCAGCUCCACCAGACCAUACCCCCCAGAGGCUCCGGAGCGAAUGCCAUACCCAUAUCACCGCCCGGAAGACACGAUGGGAAGACCUAUUUCCUACGCACAGCAACCAGGCCCGAUGGUUCCCCAGCCUCAGUACUCGCUUCCUCCUGUAGUUGGACCAAAUAUAGGACCGUCAUCCUAUCCGAUGCCGAGUAAUCCGCAAGGCGCCGAGAACCCGCCUUACGCCUCUCCGAAAUCCCAGCGGAAAACUAAGGGGCACGUGGCUUCAGCUUGCGUGCCCUGCAAAAGAGCACAUUUAAGAUGUGAUGCCCAGCGGCCAUGCUCGCGGUGUCUGAGCAACGGCAAAGAAGACUCAUGUGUUGAUGUCCAACAUAAAAAGCGCGGCCGACCCCGAUUACGCGAUGACAACCAACCCCGAUUCGAUACGGGAAGAUUCCCUCCUCAUCCGAGCGAUCCAGCAAUACGACGACCAGUCUCACUUUAUUCACCGAUUAGCGCAGUAUCUGCCUCGUACGAGGACCCUCUUCGAAGAAACCAUUCUUAUAGAGUGUUAAAAUCAAAUCCGAGUAAUGAUUCAGUUCCGCCUAGAUUUAUCGAGCGUGGAUCGACUUCAGACGCAAACAUCUUCCCUGCGCCUAUUUCCAUACCCCCCCGUGCACAUGAACCAGUGGCUUUUUUGACGACAGAUUUGGAGAUCAUGGGGGCAUCGGGAACUUUUAUGGAAGCAGUAGGUGUUCGAUCAGUCAUGGGUCGAAGGUUGUUAGAUGUCGUCAAUCCGGGAGAGCGUGAUAGAGUUUUUGCGCUCCAGAGGUCUCUACAAGACGAACAGGGAAAAAAGGAACCGAAUUAUUUACCGCCAAUUUUCGGAAAAGAAGAGGCCGCGAGGGUGAUACAGGCACUGCCAUUCAGUCCAGAGUCGAUAUCGAGGUUCCAACUAGAUCGUCAUGAUUUUUUCAACUUUGUCGGGGGAGACGGACAGUUACGACCUUACCCAAUCCGCGUCGGACUAGCGAAGGAGGACUCGAUAUAUUUCGUCGUAUUGCUCCUGUUAAACCGUCCAGCCCAGCCGUUCCCCCACCUAUCGCCCUCUCCUCACUCCCGAGAUUUUCAAUAUUCAUUCCAACAGUCAUAUGCUCAGUUGACUCCGAUUUCGGGUUCCUUCGACUCUAUACGGCCUCGAUAUGGGGAAUCGUCUCGCGAAGGUGCUUACACACCACGGCAACCACCAACACCUGCACCUAUAGCCUCAGGCCUUACCCCCGGCAUCAGUCCGAACGUUUCUUCUUACUCCGCUUCCACCCCCUCGCGAAUCGAGCCCCCCGCCGGUCCUUCUCACCAUAUCCCAAGGAGCGAGCUUCCAGUCGUCAGGCCUCCCCAGCAAGUCGAAUAUCAACUACCUCCUAUCCGUGGCCAGAGUCAAGCUGGCCCCUCAGGAGAACCGUCCAGUUGGCAGCGAGAUGAUCGUUCAAGUCGUGUCGACAUUGGCGGAUUAAUAGAAAAGCCCGACCCGUCGCGACGAGGUCGGUAG